AUGUCCAUGUUCGGAGUCGCUGACGACUCACGACACUAUGUGACGACCCCGCCUCUGGCCUCGUCCUCUCCUGGACACCUGCACGAGUCUAUGGACAUCUCUCCUCUCCCGCACAAAACCCCCUUCUGCUCACAGAUCGAGGUCACAUCGCCAACUCCGUUGUCGACGCCCACGGAAAUUGACACUGAUGACGAGAUGAUGCUCGACUCUCCGGCACCCAUCACACGCCAGGUUCUGCUGGAGCCUCCCAAACCCAUGACUAUGGGUAUGGGCAUGGGACAAGAGCGCAGAAAAGUCGCCCCUCGCCGCCCCUCGCUCACACGUAUGAAGGGCUUCUCGACCUGUGGCGUCACUGGCCGGGCCAAUACCCUGACAGAUAACCAGCUCCCCACCUUCCGCUUCGGGGCCGGUGAAAGUCGCCUCAAUCACAUGAGCUCUGCGCUUUCACUUGGCGAGUGCUUCGAGUCUGCAUCCCCUCCCCAAGAGAGGCGUCCCCAGACCGCCAACAGCCCCACGGCGGCAGUCCCCGGAGCUCUGCGCUCUCGGGCCCAAUUCGCUGGCAUGGGCAGCCGGAACGGACCCUGCGGCAGCGGCCACAGCCGACGCCCCUCCAACCCUUUCAUGCGCCCCCGCAAGCAGUUCCGCCGCUCCCUGAGCAUGUUUGAGCACCCGGCUGAUAUCAUGAAGCCCAAGGCCGAGGACAGCUCGUCUGCUGUCGCUACCGAAUUACAGUCUGUCUCCGAUGUCGAGAGUGUGCCUGAAGCCGUUCUGCCGCACUACGCCGCGGAAGACCCUUCCGACGCGAUCCCGAGAAUCUCCAAGGAGACGAUGGUGGACGUGCUUGAUGGCAAGUACAGCGAGCACUACGACCAGAAGAUGAUCAUUGACUGCCGCUUCGAGUACGAGUACGAUGGUGGCCAUAUUGAUGGCGCUGUCAACUACAACAGCAAAGAUCUCUUGGCGUCUCACCUGUUCAAGACUCCUAUGAAGGGACGGUCAUUAUUGAUCUUUCACUGCGAGUACUCGGCUCACCGUGCACCUCUGAUGGCUCGCCACGUUCGGUCCGAGGACCGCCUCGCGAAUGUAGAGCAAUACCCCAGACUUACCUAUCCCGAUGUAUACAUCCUCGAGGGCGGAUACAGCGGCUUCUUCGACUCGCACCGCGCGCGCUGCUACCCUCCCAACUAUGUCGAAAUGUCUGAUGAGAACCACCAGCGCACUUGUGAGCGCGAGCUCGGCCGUCUCAAGAAUGGCCGCAAGGGCCUCGGCCGCGCGCAAACCUUCGCCUUUGGGCAGCGUGAGUCUUGUGUCGAUCAGUCACCUACCGCUCCUCCUGUCUCGAGACCUCGUCUCACGGUCCGCCAAGAUCCGAUUGCCAUGAUUGGAAACUCCCCUAUCCUCGGUGAACGUUCGUACGCUCACUCGAGGCGGAUGGCUUCAUACUAA